AUCUAGACCUGAGGGUCGAUACUAGCAGCGGCAGGCUGCCGAUAGCCGCCGUUCUCGGCGGUGUUGGCCGUUCAACUUCAUAUCUAGACCUGAGGGUCGAUACUGGCAGCGGCAGGCUGCCGAUAGCCGCCGUUCUCGGCGGUGUUGGCCGUUCUACUUUACAUCUAGACCUGAGGGUCGAUACUGGCAGCGGCAGGCUGCCGAUAGCCGCCGUUCUCGGCGAUGUUGGCCGUUCUACUUUACAUCUAGACCUGAGGGUCGAUACUAGCAGCGGCAGGCUGCCGAUAGCCGCCGUUCUCGGCGGUGUUGGCCGUUCAACUUCAUCUAUGCAGUGCCUACAAACUAAUGCCGGUCGCGUGCGCGGCUCGAAUCAUCUAGACCUGAGGGUCGAUACUAGCAGCGGCAGGCUGCCGAUAGCCGCCGUUCUCGGCGGUGUUGGCCGUUCAACUUCAUCUAUGCAGUGCCUACAAACUAAUGCCGGUCGCGUGCGCGGCUCGAAUCAUCUAGACCUGAGGGUCGAUACUGGCAGCGGCAGGCUGCCGAUAGCCGCCGUUCUCGGCGGUGUUGGCCGUUCUACUUCAUAUCUAGACCUGAGGGUCGAUACUGGCAGCGGCAGGCUGCCGAUAGCCGCCGUUCUCGGCGAUGUUGGCCGUUCUACUUUACAUCUAGACCUGAGGGUCGAUACUAGCAGCGGCAGGCUGCCGAUAGCCGCCGUUCUCGGCGGUGUUGGCCGUUCUACUUCAUAUCUAGACCUGAGGGUCGAUACUGGCAGCGGCAGGCUGCCGAUAGCCGCCGUUCUCGGCGAUGUUGGCCGUUCUACUUUACAUCUAGACCUGAGGGUCGAUACUAGCAGCGGCAGGCUGCCGAUAGCCGCCGUUCUCGGCGGUGUUGGCCGUUCUACUUUACAUCUAGACCUGAGGGUCGAUACUAGCAGCGGCAGGCUGCCGAUAGCCGCCGUUCUCGGCGGUGUUGGCCGUUCUACUUCAUCUAUGCAGUGCCUACAAACUAAUGCCGGUCGCUGCCUACAAACUAAUGCCGGUCGCGUGCGCGGCUCGAAGCACCUGAGGGUCGAUACUAGCAGCGGCAGGCUGCCGAUAGCCGCCGUUCUCGGCGGUGUUGGCCGUUCUACUUCAUAUCUAGACCUGAGGGUCGAUACUAGCAGCGGCAGGCUGCCGAUAGCCGCCGUUCUCGGCGGUGUUGGCCGUUCUACUUCAUCUAUGCAGUGCCUACAAACUAAUGCCGGUCGCGUGCGCGGCUCGAAGCAUCUAGACCUGAGGGUCGAUACUAGCAGCGGCAGGCUGCCGAUAGCCGCCGUUCUCGGCGGUGUUGGCCGUUCUACUUCAUCUAUGCAGUGCCUACAAACUAAUGCCGGUCGCUGCCUACAAACUAAUGCCGGUCGCUGCCUACAAACUAAUGCCGGUCGCGUGCGCGGCUCGAAGCGUGCCGGCGGAGCUGGCGGCGGCCGCGAACAACACAUUUUGCCACAUUUUCAAAAUCUAGACCUGAGGGUCGAUACUAGCAGCGGCAGGCUGCCGAUAGCCGCCGUUCUCGGCGGUGUUGGCCGUUCUACUUCAUAUCUAGACCUGAGGGUCGAUACUAGCAGCGGCAGGCUGCCGAUAGCCGCCGUUCUCGGCGGUGUUGGCCGUUCUACUUCAUCUAUACAGUGCCUACAAACUAAUGCCGGUCGCGUGCGCGGCUCGAAUCGUGCCGGCGGAGCUGGCGGCGGCGGCUAA